AUGAGAACCAAGAGCAAUGUGACUGAGUUUGUGUUGUGCGUCCUUUUCCAGAGCAGGGAUAUGCAGCAUGUGUGCUUCCUGGUCUUCUCCCUCUUCCACAUGCUCACUGUCCUGGGGAACCUUCUGGUCAUUGUCUCCAUCAACGGCAGCAAGACCCUGAAUGCUCUCAUGUACUUCUUCCUCAGCUACUUGUCUUGCGCCAGCAUGUGCUAUCCAUCCGCCACCGCACUCAAGAUGAUUGCCGACACUUUCAUGGAGUGCAAGACCAUCUGCUUCAAUGGUUGCAUGACCCAGCUGUUUUCUGCCCACUUCUUUGGUGGCACUGAGAUCUUCCUCCUCACAGCCAUGGCCUAUGACUGCUACGUGGCCAUCUGUAGGUCCCCCGAACUACGCAACCAUCAUGAUCAGCGGAUGUGUGGCCAUCUGGCGGGGGCCUCCUGAGUGGCCGGCUUUCAGCAUUCCAUCCUUCAGACCCUCCUUUUAUGA